GACGGUCAGAAGAGAGGACUGUGUGGCCCAGGGCGGCCGUCUUUUGAUCCUCAGACCUCAACCGCUGCUCCUCCCUUCUGGGCUGGUGCCUCAUUCGCAAAAUAAUUUUUUUUUUUUUUCCUGUUCUGGGGCUUGAACUCAAGGCUUCACCUUGCCAGACAGACAUUCUUUUGCUUGAACCAUGCCUCCAGCCUUCUACCUUUCUUUGUUUUCUUAUUUUUCUGGAAAAAGUCCGAAAACCUGUAAUGUGUCACAGGUCUAAGAGAGGGUGGCCCAGGAUUCCCCAAGAGGACAAUGGAGUCUGGAGCUCGACCAGUUGCCAGCUGCUGUAGCAGCUCUGCGGGGCUCUCACGGGAGUACAAACUAGUGAUGCUGGGCGCUGGUGGUGUGGGGAAGAGUGCCAUGACCAUGCAGUUCAUCAGCCACCGAUUCCCAGAAGAUCAUGACCCCACCAUUGAAGAUGCUUAUAAAAUCCGGAUCCGUAUUGAUGAUGAGCCCGCCAAUCUGGACAUUUUGGAUACAGCUGGACAGGCAGAGUUUACAGCCAUGCGUGAUCAGUACAUGAGGGCAGGAGAAGGGUUUAUCAUCUGUUACUCUAUCACGGAUCGCCGAAGUUUCCAUGAAGUUCGGGAAUUUAAACAGCUUAUUUAUCGAGUUCGACGUACUGAUGAUACACCUGUGGUCCUUGUAGGAAACAAGUCUGAUCUAAAACAGCUAAGACAGGUUACCAAGGAAGAAGGAUUGGCUCUGGCCCGAGAAUUCAGCUGUCCCUUUUUUGAGACCUCUGCUGCAUACCGCUACUACAUUGAUGAUGUUUUCCAUGCUCUUGUGCGGGAGAUACGUCGGAAAGAAAAGGAAGCAGUACUGGCCAUGGAGAAAAAAUCUAAACCCAAAAGCAGUGUAUGGAAGAGGCUAAAAUCACCAUUCCGGAAGAAGAAAGAUUCAGUAACUUGAGGGAGGAUGUGAAGUAUCCGUCAGUGAACUGCAGUGCUUGAUCAAAGCAGUCCAGUGACAUGCAAUAGUGAGCAUGGCAUCUGCUCUUUCUGCUGUUAUGACCGUUCUUACCAAUAUAACUGAUGAGGGGCUACGUCUACUAGGAGCUCUCAAUGAUGUGCUAUUUAAAAUAUUGUCUCUUAGUUGAUUCUGAUUUAUUAACCCAGUGGAGUACUGUCUGCUUAAAUUGUCACAUUAGAAUUUGAUCUAUCAUUGUUUGGGGUUGUGUUGCUGGUAUCAAUUAACUAGUGCAAAUUGUUUAUACCCAGGAGAA